GUCGGCAGUUACCCAAACUAUUAUGACAGUGCAUGUGAACUUGAAAGCAACAGGUUAUUCGUGCCGAUAUAGAGGAGUGAAGUGGAGUUGUUAAAUUUUAGAUUGGGAACUAAUUACAUUAUUUGCAAAAACUUCCACAGUUAGGUUUCAUAAGUUCACAGUCUCGUUCAAAAAUUCGAAUGGUCCUCCCGUGAUAGUCGGCCGCAGUGGUGUCCAUCCCCCUCCCCAUCCCAGUUGAAGGGUUUCCCCCCCCCCUCAAAAAAAAAGUAGAGAUGCUUCUCCCCUCCUCCUACAUAAGGCGCAACUCUACUCAUUCAGCGGGGGGUCCAGGGAGCCUCUCCCGAGCGCGAGGCAAAUGAUGAAGCUGUGGAAUGGGAUACGCCGGUGGGACAUGGGACUCAGGCGCAAGAACCGAGAUGCAGAACCCGGCGAGAACUCAGGGGCUCGGCUCAAAGCAGUGGAGAUGGAGUUGGUCUGCUUCUACGAGUAUUGCAAGGAGGCCGGCUUCUCCGCGGUGGAGAUGCAAGUCAUCUGUUGGCCGUUGGAGUCGGCCAUGCGACAUAGCGCUCUCCGGCGGAUGGCCAAGAUCACCCUUGCCGUCGUCCUCCUCGUCGCUGCCCUCCACCAGCUCCUCCAGUUCGGAGCUGUCCAAACACACGCCAUGGUCCUCACCAGGAUCCUUAUCAUCAAGAUAUUACCUUUGUGGGACUGGAGACAUUCAUUCUAUGACAACUGUCUCAUCCAGAAUCCACUGUAUCAAGAAUACCGCCCAGGGAUAACAGAAGAGGACUGCGCAAGCUGUGAAACGGUGGAACGAGUGGAUCACGUUCGGGACACGAAUUUUGAUUUCUUGCUCGGCAACUUCUUGUCACGGGAUGCUCCGGUAAUCGUCACAGACGCCCUCGAGACCUGGCCCACCUGGUCGGAAAUCAAAAGUCAUCGCUUCUCCUUCGAAAAUAUCACGCAGUUGUACGAUCAAAAUGGGGGACUGAGUGAGCCGAUUCCAUGCAUGACAGCAAGCAAUCUAAGAAUCAGCUCAAUGGAUUUAGCAGCUUUCUUAAAACGAAUCAAAAACCCCGAUUUUAAAAACUGGUUUGUUCAUUGGCAAAAUUGCGAUAUUAUUGCGGUGAAAGCUCUUCGAAAACUUUAUCAGAAACCGUAUUUUCUACCCAAAACUGUAGCUCCUGCGCAUUAUAACUGGGUGCUAAUGAGCUCUGGAUAUACCUCGACAAUUUUUAAGCAGAUUGAACUUGACAAAGGGCUCAUAAUGCUGGCUCAACUAAAAGGCUCAACUGUAUUUAAAUUGAACCCUGUGAAUCCUUGUGAUUUAACAUGUACAUCACUUUUUGGAGACCUUUUACCUGGAGAGAUGCUUGUUUUCGAUAACCACCUGUGGUCUUUCGAAUAUUACCCUGGCUCCAAUUUAGAAAACGUGGGGAUAUUGACCGAAACUGCUUGGAACAACAAGAUGACAUGGUUGCAAUAAGAAUUGUGUAUUUGCCUUUUGGAACUCGAACUGGCACCUUAAUACGGGAAACUAAAAUUUUAAUUUUACUGCCUGGGAAUUUCUGUUGAGUUUGCAGAAAUUUUCAUAAUGUACUUAACUCUUGUAGAAUAAUAAAUUAUAUUCAUGACAAUAAGA